AUGGACAAAACUAACGAGAAGUUUGUGCCGAUCAGUGAUAGCGCCGAUUAUCGCCAAAUUACUGGAACAUUCUCAGUCACCGCGUCGGGAAAGUUUCUGCCAAUUCAACUAAUCUACCAGGGGAAAACAGACCAGUGUCACCCUAAAUUCAGAUUUCCAAAAGAAUUCCGCGUUACCCACACGGAAAAUCAUUGGUCAAAUGAAACGAAAGCAAUUGAAUUAGUCAAUCGCAUUCUUAUCCCCUAUGUUAAGCAAAUUAGAGAAGAGCUUGGUUUUCGCGCAACAAAACAAUGGGUUUUGAUCGCCGAUGUUUUUAAAGCACAUUGGACGGAUGACGUAAAGAAGAUCAUUUCCGACAAAAAUGGGAAGAUGAUACCUGUUCCCAAUAAUAUGACAUCAUACCUGCAGCCCUUAGAUUAA